CAGUUGCAGGCGCCGCGCCGACGAGAACACGCGCUUCUCCAGGAAAAUCGUGGGCAAAACCUAAAAUAUGGUUCACUAAAAUCAUUCACAAUUAAUAACAAUUGAUAAUAAUUAAAGUGCAACGAAUAGUAUCAAUAAUAAAAAUUGAUAAAUCGAUAAUCAUCUAAAUUAUUGAAAUUAUUGAUAAGGGGUAUUUAAUUAAUUCAGUAAUUUCCGGGGUUGUUAUCUAUGAGGGAGGGGGAAUGGAUAAGUCUAAUUGUUAUUACAGAACUCUAUGAAGUCUCGCUUAUUUCGAGCAUCGAGAAAACUCGGUCAAGUCGCGCAAUUUUCGCUGGGUGGUAGAGAAAAUCGCGGGUUGGGGGCUGUGGAAUCAAAAGUGGAGAUUAAUUUGAUGGGUUUGGUGGACGGGAAGGAUUGAGUAUCGAAGUAGUCGGAGGGACUGUUCAGGAGGAAAAGGUAUUCAGGAAGUUCGGGGGUUCGAGAUCUAAUGGAUGAAGAAGAGAGCCUCGGUGACAACGCAGCCGACGAUGGAAGCGUCAAGGAGCUGCAAAAGCUCCGGGACAGGUACGAGGGAAAAGUAACGGCAUCACUCUACACUGGUACUCUCACUGUCGCUGGAGCUGCUUCCCUCAUUGCUUUUGUUGCACUCUGUGUACUUCACUUUAAUGAUCCGAAGGCUGUGAUCCUGGAGUCAUCAAUUCUCGCGAUGAUGGUGGUAUCAUCUUUGAGUCUUCUGACUGUCGCUCAAUUCCCGUCAACCCUGACGUCGACCCGGGCAAGAAUAUCCGUUGGUCUGACUUCCUCAUUGAUCCUCGGUGCCGCGGUUUUAGCGCUGGCUGGGCCAUUACCAGUAUUUGCCUGUACCCUGACAACAAUUGCAACUCUACCCCGAAUCAGGAGGCACCGACCAUCGGUGGUCGGCCUCGUUAUUGCUGCUGUCCACAUUGCACGGGGAUUUGUUCUGUACAUAAUAGACGAAGGAGCAACCUUCCACCAGGUGAUGAGUGAUGCUGUUCUUCUGCUGUCGGCCAUUCUCGCUGGAAUUCACUACCGGAAUUUAACAGCCAGGGCACACAAACAGACAUUCUCGGGUACAAAAACUGUUAUUAAAUCACGGGUUAAACUCGAGUGCGAGAGAGAACAGCAGGAGCAACUGUUGCUCAGCGUCAUUCCAGCCUACAUAGCAGCAGAGGUGAAGCGGAGUAUUAUGCUGAAGAUGGCUGAUGCCUGUCAGGAAGUGAGCAAGCACAAGCAGACACGCUUUCACGAGAUGUAUGUUCAACGACACAAUAAUGUCAGCAUUCUCUAUGCAGAUAUUGUCAACUUUACUCCUCUCUCCGAACAAUUGUCAGCUUCGGAUCUUGUUAAGACACUGAACCAACUCUUCGGAAGGUUUGAUCAAAUCGCACAGGACAAUCAGUGCAUGAGGAUAAAAAUCCUGGGGGAUUGCUACUACUGCGUAUCUGGUCUUCCUGUCUCCCGACCUAAUCACGCCUACAACUGCGUCAAUAUGGGACUCCAGAUGAUCGACACCAUCAGAUUCGUGAGAGAGGCAACUGGAUUCAACGUGGACAUGAGAAUUGGAAUACACACGGGAAAUGUUCUCUGUGGUGUACUUGGCCUUCGAAAAUGGCAAUUUGAUGUUUGGAGUGACGAUGUCACUCUCGCCAAUCAUAUGGAGAGUGGUGGAUUACCUGGGAGAGUUCACAUAACAGCAGCAACCCUGGAGCAACUUGGUGAUCGUUUCAAGGUUGAACCUGGAAAUGGUGACUCCCGUGAGAGUUAUCUCGCCGACCACAAGAUCGAAACUUAUCUCAUAAUACCACCAGAGAAAACUAAAGGAGAGGUCGAAAUGGAAAAUGGUAAAACGCCAGGUCCAGUGCCAUCCAGGUCAAGGCCCAGCAGUAAAAUGACUAAAUAUGUUGAGUGCUGGGGGGCGGAUAAACCCUUUGCCAACAUCGCUGAGUCAACAUUAGCGAAAAAUAUUGGUUUAACCAGCAUCGCGAUGAUCGAGUCGAACCUUCUGUCGAAUACCUCAAACUGCAUGAACAUCAAACAAUGUUGCACUGGUAACGAGGGAAUGUCGCCGACCACGUACUGGUUUAAGGAUAAAACCCAAGAGACUCAGUACAGAGACCAACGGGAUGAGCAGUAUCCCUGGUACGUCGUCGCGUCCACCAUUCUGUACUUCGCAAUGUUCAUUAUUCAAGUUAUCCAUCAACCCAGCAGUUUAACGGUCUACGGAUGUUUCUCAAUCGGUGUGAUUUCCCUGGUUUUCUUCACUGGAAUCUCGUGGUACGCCGACAGGAUAUCCCUCGUUCGGGAGGAAUCGAGUAAUCCUGUGGUCCUGAGUCGUUGCAUCCGAAUCUCUGUCUAUCUCAUCACAUCAGUCCUCGGUGUUGCUUCAGGACUGAUGAGCCUAAUCGACGACGAUGAAAAGAAACCGCGAGCCGCAUCCGCAUAUGUGCACUCAGCAGCUCUUGCCCUGGUGAUAGGAUGGGUUCACCUGAGGGUUGGUUUUAUCCUGAAGCUCUUCGUGAUGCUCCUCUCGAUCCUGUCAAUCCUCGUGGUGUUUCACUGGACCCCGAUGAUCGGAUACUACUACGAAAACCAGAACGAAUUCACCGGAAUACACCAUCUCCUUCAAAUUGGCUUCCUCCUCUGCACCAUCGCCCUACUCCUCCACGUACUCGACCGACAAAUCGAAUUCACAACGAGAACGGAUUUUUUGUGGAAGACAAAGCUCCGAGUCGAGCAAGACGAAGUGGAAACAAUGCGCGGCAUAAACAAGAUUCUCCUGGAGAAUAUUCUUCCUGCUCAUGUGGCCGAUCACUUCCUCUCAACUCAUAUCAAUCAGGAUCUGUACCACGAGAGAUACAGCAGCAUCGCCGUUAUGUUUGCAUCGAUACCCAAUUACAAGGAGUUUUAUGAUGAGACUGAUAUCAAUAAACAGGGGCUAGAGUGUCUCAGAUUACUCAAUGAAAUUAUUUGUGAUUUUGAUAAAUUAUUGCUGAAGCCUAAAUUCUCGGGAAUCGAGAAGAUCAAGACUAUUGGGAGCACUUAUAUGCUUGCUGCUGGCCUCAGCCCUGGAAAGGAAGAUAUCAGUGAAAAGGAUUUGACGAAACAGCAGGAACACAAUGUCAUUGUCCUCGUCGAGUUUGCCAUCGCCCUGAUGACCAUUCUUGAUCAGAUUAAUAGAGAAUCCUUUCAGAGGUUUAAACUGAGAAUGGGCCUCAAUCAUGGACCAGUGAUAGCUGGAGUGGUGGGUGCCCAGAAGCCUCAAUAUGACAUCUGGGGAAAUACCGUUAAUGUAGCCUCCAGGAUGGAUAGCUGUGGCGAAAUGGGGCGGCUCCAGGUGACAGAGGAUACAGCGAAAAUAUUGACUAACGCUGGGUACGAACUCAUCUGCCGAGGGCCCACCUUUGUCAAGGGAAAAGGUACCUUGACAACCUACUUCGUGAAAACCCCUUUCGAUGGAAAAGAGGAUAAUUACUAGGAAUCUAAUUUUGUACAUAUUCCAAUCGUAAAAGAAUAAUGGAAGCUGCCAUAGGUGUGAGAACGCAUGAUAAAAAAGCUAUCGCGUCUUCUUUAAUUUAUCAUUGAAUUUUCGUUGACUCUAAAAUUUGUUUUCUAGAGGGAAAAUCAUUAGAUUUUAUUCUUAUCAACUGAAAUUUAUCAUUUCAUUUGAAUUUUUUAUCGAAAAAAAUUUGGGGAGAUCGUCGGAGAAUUUUUUAGGGCGCGCGAUGGGUUUUUGUGUCGAUCUUUCUACUUUGCGCGUUGUAUUUUAAAAUUGUGAUUGUCGACACCUGAUUCGUUUGAAUGCUGAGAACAACGAACGAAAAAGUCGGGAGACACAAGGUGUAUGAAUAGCGCAAUAAGCAAGCGGGGCAAAAUGGACUCUUCAUUUUCAAUUCUUUUCUUUGAAUAUUCGAUUUAAAGAAGAGAUUCAAAUUCAAAACCACAAAAAAAAAUGGAAGAACUACUAAUUUCCACAGAGAGAAUCUCAAGAAAAAAAAGGAAUAUCGAAAAACGAUUGCUUUUUAAAUCCAUCCCCUUUUAAAUUAAGACAGCGAGAAUUCUCUGUCAAAUUUCAUCCUCAAGUUUCCAUUCUGCCCUGAAACUGUAUAAUAUUUAAUUCUAAUGAUCUCAGAUGUGUAUUUACGGAAAAAUUUUGAAUGUUGUAAAUCAAAUCUCAUCGUCUAAUUGUUGUGAAAGAAAUAAAUAUUUU